AACACAAAAAAAUGACAGUGGAACAAAUAAGCUAAUUUGUGAUGAAAUUGUUUUACCGAGUGAAAAAUUGUUGAAACGGGUAAAAACAUCUUUGGAAAACAUGGAAGCCGUUCCAAAAUUACCCAUGAUAAGUUUUGAGUUGAAGGCGAGUCACGAGAAUACUCAUUUUGGACCAAAAUUAAAACAGUACAUUGCGGAAGCUUAUAGAGAAGAUCCAGACAGCUACAGCAAUGAGAUGCACCAGUUGGAAGGUUUGCGGUCGGCCGCUGUCCGACCUACAAUUGAUUCUGCGGGGCUGAGCGCUAUGAUCAGAUAUUAUUGCCAGCUGCGAUCGUUGCAAAGCCGUUUCCCGAUGGCUAAAGGUCAACCUGCGGCGUGUCCUUUUAGCUGGAAAGACCUGUAUGCAAACAUGAACAGAUCAUUAGCUGACAUUCGGUUUGAGAUGGCAUGCAUACUGUAUAACAUAGCAGCACUUCUGACACAACUCGGAGCUUCUGAACCUAGGAACACAGCAGACAGCCUCAAAUCUGCUUGCACCCACUUCCAACAGGCAGCUUGGGCCUUCCAGUACUUACGGGACCAGUAUCCGCAGCCGUCCGGAGUUGAUGUGUGCUCCGAGAUUGUGAGGAUGAUGCAGGAAAUAUGUUUUGCUCAAGCACAGGAGUGUAUUCUUGACAAAAGCAUACAAGAUACAAGGAAAUCCAGUGUUAUUGGUGCUGUGGCUACUCAAGUGAUGUACUUCUACAAGAACUCCAUUGCUCUGUUGGGUCCAGCAGCUGGCCAGGACAUUGUUCAUGAGAUUAUAGGCACCAAACUGUACAACUACUGGCACAGAUACCUCUCAUUUAAGAUGUCCUAUGUUGGCUGCAUUGUUUGCUUGUAUCAAGGUAUGCACGCAGAAGAACAACAGAAGAUGGGAGAACGCGUCGGCUACUAUCAACAAGCCGUUGAAAAGUUAGCCGAAGCCAGAAAGCUAGCAAAAUACAUAGAGCCGACACAAAUCACGCAGGAAGCCCUAACCUUUACCAACGACGUCGUUGAGGGUAAAAGGAAAGCUGCGAAAAAUGAAAACGAGUUCAUUUAUCAUGAGGAGGUGCCAGAAAAAGAGGUGCUAUCGGAUAUGAAGCCCGUGUGCCUUGUUAAAGCAUUGCCGAUCAAUUUUAAUGAUCCUGAGGUCUCAGGUCACGAUAUAUUCUCCCGCCUCGUCCCGAUGAAUGCCCACGAGGCCUCAUCAAUGUAUUCGGAGGAGAAAGCUCAGAUGCUCCGCAAUAUAGUCAGCAUGGUGGAAGCCAAGAAUACGGAGCUGAGCGAGUUCAUGUCCUCGCUGCAGCUUGAUCAGUUGGACGUCAUCGAUUCUACACCGAAGGUCCCUCAAGAGAUAGUAGACCGUUGUGCAGCUAUGAACGCCAAGGCGGAAGUCAUACAGCUAUUGGUUGAUUCCAUGAACAACCUGGCUGAAACUAUCAGUGACGUCGAGGAGUCCCUGUCUGAAAUCAAGGAAUUGAUACAGGAGGAGACACAAAAAGAGAAAGAAUACCAGAAGGUGAUGGGUCCCCGCCCACCCUCCAUAGUCCAGACGGAGUUGUCCCGCGAGUACCACAAGUACCAAGAGGCUCACGCGCGCACCAACGAGAGCAACCAAGUGCUGCACAAGGCUAUGACGCUACAUAUCGCUAACCUGAGGUUGCUAGCGCAGCCGCUCGAUGUACUGGAGACGAAGAUACCGAGCAUUGAUAAUAUUGUGGACCUGGACCGCGAGAAGAUGUGUGAGAUGCGGCGCGUGGUGGGCAAGGUGCACGAGAUGCAGGCCCAGCGCGAGGCGCUGCUGCAGCGGCUGCGGGAGCAGCUCACGCAGGACGACAUCACGGCGCAGCUGCUGGCCAGGAACAACGAGCCCAGGGAGGACAUCUUCAAGCAGGAGCUCAAGAAGCAUAACUCUUUGAUACAAAUAAUCGAGACGAACUUAGCAGCUCAAGAGAACAUUAUCAACAAGCUGACGUCUGUAUACGCGGCGUACGGCAACUCCAGGCGCCUGCUCACCGACGUACUUAGGAAGAGAGAGGGACUUAUUAAUGCGCUGAUAACCUCUUACGACACAUACGGCGAGUUGCUGGGCAAGUCCCAGAAGGGGCAGGAGUUCUACCGCAAGCUGGCGCACAACGUAGGGCAGCUGCUGGCGCGGCUGCGGUCCACCUGCCAGGUGCAGGAGGAGGAGAGGGCGCAGCUGCUCGACAAGCAGACGCAUAAAGCUUGUGCCCGCGCCAGCAGCGCGGAGCCGGGCCGCGUGUCGCCGGCCAGCGCGGGCGGGGCCUCCCCCGCGCCCCCCGCCGCCGCCGGGCACAAGCUGAAGGACUACCUGCCCUACAUGAAGAGCCGGAACAACAGGACGCCCACGCCGCUAGCCCAAGUGGAGCCCAUUCCCCAAGACACGUACUAUCCUGAGAGCAUAUACCCGACGUCGGUACGACCCGCGCCCGUUGGAUCUGAAGCGACGGACGUGUCGCAGCUGUCGCAGGACGGCGUGGCGGGCGUGUCGUCGUACUCCCGCUACCUGCACUACGCGCCGCCCGCCUCCAGCAAGCACGACGACCUGUACUCCGCCUACACGCCCUCGCAGUUUUCCUCGCAGUCCUCCGACCAGAUCUACUCCAACCCCUACUACUCUAACUCCUACUCUAACCACAACAACAACACCAUCGUCACUGACUCGCAGAACUUUUCUGCUCACCCCGUCGCCAUCAACCAGGUCCCUGUAAACCCGACGAACUACGAUCCGUACUUAAACUCAAUGGGACCCAUUCCGGAGUCCAAUAUGUCCCACUCAUCCGCAUACAGCGCCGCGAAUCAGACAGACAUAAGUGCGGACUUCGCUAACAUGCAAGUGUCUGCACCCAAAUCUGAGGCUAUGGGUUACGCGACGGAUUUCGGGAACACAUUCUACAACGUUCAGUACCCGCAGACAUCGACCCCCGGGUCGGGGGCUUACACCAGCGCGCCGCAGAACUCCAACACCAGCAUAACGCCUUCGCAAGUGCCAUCGGAAUACAGUGCGUUAAACUACCCUUACAGUAACGAGUCGACGCAGUACAGUCAGCAGCAGGCAGUGACUCCUGCGCCUUACAGCACUCCCGACCCUAACUACUACGCUACAACAUUUGCGUCCACGUCUCAGGGGUAUACCUACACUAACGCGAUCACGUCUACGUCGAGCAUUGCCAACCCAAACGUGGCACCAUACUCGUAUCCCUCAGAAAUGGACUCCACCUACAACUCAUCUCUGGCACAAUUGGACGCAUACGAUAAACCAAUAAAGUCCCACGUCACUGGUGAAGCGUUGUCGAACGUGAGCUUCCAGCCGUCUUACCAGAAUUAUUCCUCGACAGUCGCAAGUUAUUCCAAUCAACCAGAAAGUUACGUGCCUACUAGUACGUAUGGGUAUGCCGAUACAUCUAAUAACUACGGACAACCGUAUCAAAAUCACCCGGGAUACAAUUUCAACUCUUCGACAGGAACCUACGAGUACAGUUUUGGCUCCCAGAAUUCCUAUUCAAGGUACGACGCAGUACCAGACAAUAUAAACUCUCAGUCGGCGGAGAAAGACCCUGGUUUUACUCCACAAGGCAUUUACACGAACGCGGGAUCUCUGGGAUCAUGCGGCACGGUGCAGUCGCCGACAGAAAACCCGCAAAUGAUGUCUCAGAUACCUGUCGUCAACGAGGGGGCUAGUAACCAGGCUUACUACAACAACCCGUAUGCGUAUCAGAAUAUUGCGUCACCAACGAACGAAGUCGCACCUGUUGUACCUGUCGUACCUGUCGUACCGGUCGCGCCUGUCGCACCGGUCGCGCCUGUCGCACCGGUCGCGCCUGUCGCUCCAGUCGCACAUAUCGCCCCUGUCGCGCCUGUCGCGCCCGUCGGUCAUGUCGCACCGAUCGCUCCCGACAUGCAAGCAUUGACGAAUAUGUACGGCAUGAACACAAAUCAGACUUAUAUCCAACCAACACACGAUCACAGCGUGACGUUUGUUAAUAACCAAGUUUCGUCACCGACUGAGAAUGUCAUUGAACCGGCUAUUGAGAAUGAUAAUAAUGUAGAUAAUGCAAAUCAAACGAAUGUAGAGGUAAUUAAACAAGAAACAGUUGAGAUAGAUAAGCCUCAAGAGACUAAGCCGGAGUUGACCGCGUUUGACCUGUUGUCCGAUAUCGACUUUUCUGUAGAGCAAACUCCUUUAAUGCCUGAAAUUAAAGUGCCGCAAAUUUCGGAAAGUGCUAUUCGGAAGCCGGUGGUCCCUAAAGUGGAGCCGGUGAAGAAACUGCCGGAGAAAGAGGAGGUUAUCGAGAGGCCCGCCAAGAGGGACCUGUUCUCUGACCCCAGCUUGUUGAACCAGUUCACUCAGGAAGUGAAGAACUUGCAGAAACUCACAGAUUCCUUGACAAAUAAGACUGCCAGUGGGUUGACGGUGUUGGAUGAGAAAUGGAAGACUUUCCAAGACUUUCAGACUACGCAAAAUAUGACUCGUUCGAAGACGAUAGCUAUGCAGAACACGAAUGGGAAUAUAGUGACUGAAGUUGUGCCUUAUGAUGAUUCAAGACUUACACUAAAGUCUGACCCCGAUGCGUACAUCAACGCCUCAUACUAUAAGCAACUAGCGCCCUGGUGCAUUCCACUAGUGAUAUCCAAGAAUCCAAGCGAAAACGAGUACAGUACCUUCUGGAAAGCGAUAUUAGAGUAUAAAAUUGCUUGUAUAGUGUGUUUGCUAAGUGAAAUCGAGAUGCAAGGUAAAACGUACUGGCCGACAGCUAAAGGCCAAUCCAUAGAGCUGUCUGGCGGUAUAAAGGUGCUUCUAGAUGACGUCACUUGCACCGUACACUGGACUGAACGCAAGCUGACUGUGACUAGCGGAAAAACGGUGCUCAAUGUUACUCAUUAUCAGAUCAACGUGUUCCCAGCUAAAAUCGUAUGCUCUCCGCUGGUGCUCCUGGCGGACAAGGUCCUGAGCCAGACGUACGACAACAAGCUGAGCAACCAGCUGAGCGGCGCCUGGCUGCAGUGCGGCGCCGGCGCCGGCCGCAGCGCGCUGCUGGCGCUGCUCCUCAUGCUGCUGGGCCAGGUGCGGGCCGGACACGUGCAGCUGUGCGACAUGCUGGACGCUGGCUGUAUUAACCUAUACACUCAUAGAAGCAAUGUACUACAAGACACCAAGUAUUUGGCCGACGCCUACAGAACCGCCCUGUUUUACGUGCAAGGCGUACUCUGUUCCGGUACAACGAUGUUCAAUGGCGAGGCAGUCUCACUGCCGUCAGGAGCGGCAGUGCUGCCCCCUGUAACACCGACCCCCUCUCCCAAUCCUUCAAACGCCGCUCAGAAACUAAGCAAGUUCUCUCGCGAAUCAUUCGAAGAGAUGAAGCAAUCGCCAGGGCUAACAAGCGGCGAUAUGAAGGACCCCCUGAACUUUCUCGACCCACUGUGGAGCUUAAAGAAAAAGUGAGAUCCAAGUCGAUCGGUACUGGAUGGCCGAUGACGCAGAAUACAGGGAUACUCAACCUUUGGUGUUGAAGCAAUCUUUGAUGUAGCCCACCGGUAUUGAAUGCCAAGUAUUAAUGUUCUUUUAGAUUGGGGAUUGAUGGUAAUUAAGGAAGAGGUUGAGUAUCACUGGUAAAGUUUAAGCGCCAAACAUAUUUACCAAAAUUGUGGACUUUGUCAGACAUGUUUGGCGACCAAAUCAUAGAUUUUAGCAAAGUAAUCACCAUUCAAUCGCAAAUGGAAGUUAUUAUUUAUUGCUAAAUGUGGGAUGUACUGUAGCACAUUCCUGUAUAUUAAAUAUUGUUUAAAAAUUAUAAUUCCUUUUUUGCACUAAAAGUAUUAAGCGAUUUUAUGAAUUAGUUUGUUCAAGUUUAUUAGAUGAUUCACAAAAAAGACUUGAGUAGCAUCAAUAUAAUUGAAAACAAUUGAUAAAGUGGUUCUUGCGAAAACGAAGUGCCGAUUACGUAUUUAAAUAGUUAUUUUAUAUGUUUACUUAAUUAUAAUUUACAUGUUUAAUAUAAUGAAAGUUUUGAUCAAUAUUCUAGUGUUAUUUAUUUAUAUUAUCUUGUAAAUAAAUUUAUAAAUUGCUGUCUUUCGUUGACAUUAGCCAUUUAUCACAAAUUAUAAUAUCCUUUAAGGAUGUCGAUAGCACAGCAAUCAAGAGAUUUCCAUUCCAAUCGGUUUGUCCAGCGUUAUCAAUAUUUUGUUUAUCAGCAAUAUAUAGUAACAAUGUGAUUUUGCGGAAACGCCAAUUUUAUUUUAAAUAGAAAGUAUUGUGUGAAGAAUGCCGUGAAUUCGUUUAUUAUUAUCACAAUUAGAUCUGUAUGUUGCUGCCUUCUAGCUAAAAACUCUAUUCAAUUUUACCUUACCUUAACGACCAAGACUUAUUUAUUAGCCUUGUGUAUGCCACUGUACCAAGCCUAACUUACAGACAGCACUCUAUUCUGCCUGUAGCGCCAUCUCGCUUUUAAAACUGACUUACCUUUUUAAAAUAUUAAAGGAACAGGUUGCUUCCACAGAAUGUUCAGUUUACACCUUUACAUUUUAAUGUUAUUUUUUUAAGAAAUUAAGUUUUUGGUCAGUCAGCAACACAUGGUUUAUAUCUACAAAAUUAAAUAAAACUUCUAUUUUAACAGCAGAUAUCGUGUCAAAUAUCUAAACAGGAGAUUUGUUAUUUUACUAGUAUUAUUUCACAAUAUUAUAUCAUUAUAACAAUUUGAAAUAUCAAGAUAAUUUAGAUAACUAUCACUGGCUAAAUUUUAUGUAUAAACUGUCUGUCAUUAGAGCAUUUAGAAAGGAAAUAUCUAGGAGGAAAAGAGAGGAAAAGAUGAAAAAAAAAUAGGGUACCCGGCAAAAAUUGUGUGAUUGCAGAUAAUUCUAAUAGUAUGGUGCUAUACCUUUAUUUGGUCCACAUAAGGACAAAAACUGCUUCAUGUAUGUCGCCCUCGUUUUAUUUCAAGACUGUCAACUAGCAACCCUCAUGUAAAGUGUUGCUAGUUGAAAAAAAUGCUAUUCUGAAUGGCUACAACAUGUCUAUGAAAUCUGUUAAUCUAUAGUCUAUACGGUGGCCAUCAAUGAUAUUAAAUAACAAUAUUAUGAAAUUGAGUAGUUUGUAACACGAGAACGAACUGAUUAUGUAUUGAAUCUGCAUUAAAUUCGUAUGUAUGCAAAUGUGAUCAAAUUAGUAUUAAUGUUUUCUGCACGACGAAAUUAUGAAAAUUAUUGUAAUAAUAAAUAAAUUGUCUAAAGUGUU